AAUAAAUAAUGAAAUCAUAUAUGUAUGUAUAUGAAAAUAUAUGUGCAAAACAAGUAUUAUGAAGUGUGGUGUUGCAAGAAAUAAUAUAAAAUUGCAAUUUUAAGCAUUUGUUAUUGUCAUUUGUUGCCGACUAUACAUAUAUACGCAGCAACAAAUAAGUAAACAAGUAAAUAAAGAGUAACAAGUUGCAUUUUGGCAACAACAAAUCAAUAAAUUUUAUAUAUAUAUACAACAAUUUUUCAACAGCUUCAAGUGCUACGAGCGCAAGUGUUCAGACCAAGUGCCACAAAACUCGCUGAAUACGCGCUGGAAUAACAAUAACAUCAAGUUGCUAUUGGAAAAAAGAGGAAUACCACUGCCAGUGUCUUUUGGGAAAUCUCUAACUUUUCGAAAUGUCAUAAAUGACAAAAUCCCUUGGAACUCUUACAAUAAUGCAGACAUACAUCAAUAGGAAAUACUCCUCCUGUGAAGCAUGAAUGUCACUAGUCGUAACACGCAUUACGAAAUCUGGCACUAACGAGCUUCCACGAGCUGCUCUCCGGAGAGCAAACUCAAAAUGGUGAAAUAUAAAGAUAAUACGAAAAUGCCGAGUAUACGAAAGGAAGAGCAGCCCUUUUUUAUGUCAACAAUAGUUAAUGAUUUAUUACGAUGGAAAACGGUGACGCAACAAAAAGUGAAGGAGCAAAGAUGCCUGCCUUACACCAGACUGAAUACGGAAAACACAACACCCGCGGAAAUACAGCGCCCGUACUAUAGUCACAGCAAACAUGGACGUUUAGCGAGGCUGUUAAGCUUAUUUGUAACGCUUUGCUUGUUGCAUGCCUCGUGCGUCACAGCCGAACAUGUACGCGAACUCGAAGUGUCCGAGGGUGUGCCUAUCGGUCAUCAAAUCGGUUUUAUCGGCGAAUUCUCGCAUGGCGUAGAUAGUGGACCACCGUAUCUAAUCGUGCCGGUACCGGGUAGUGGCGUAGACACCGAUCUGGCCAUCGACCAUACAACCGGUGAAAUACGGACUAAAGUGUAUUUGGAUCGUGAGACACGUGCUUCUUACAGUUUAGUCGCCAUACCGCUGAGUGGUGAGAAUGUGCGCGUGGUGGUGCGCGUGCUGGAUGAGAAUGAUAAUGCGCCGACAUUUCCGCAACCGGUUAUGAAUAUCGAAUUUCCCGAGAAUACGCCGCGUGAUGUGAAGAGAACGUUAAAUCCAGCACGUGAUCUCGAUUUAGGUCAGUACAAUACACAGCGCUACAAUAUCGUGUCGGGUAAUGUGAACAAUGCUUUUCGUUUAUCGUCGCAUCGCGAACGUGAUGGUGUACUCUAUUUGGAUUUGCAAAUUAACGGUUUUCUCGAUCGUGAAACAACGCCGGGCUACAGUUUGGUAAUUGAAGCCUUGGAUGGCGGCAGUCCACCGCUGCGUGGUCAGAUGACUGUGAAUAUAACGAUACAGGAUGUGAACGAUAAUCAGCCAAUUUUCAAUCAGAGUCGCUAUUUUGUAACGGUGCCCGAAAACGCAACAGUUGGCACGAGCGUGUUGCAGGUAUAUGCCACAGAUACGGAUGCGGGCGAGAAUGGUUUGGUUGAAUAUUCCAUAAAUCGUCGGCAGAGCGAUAAGGAGCAAAUGUUUCGUAUCGAUUCCCAAACAGGUUUGAUUUCUGUCAAUAAACCUUUAGAUUUCGAAACUAAAGAGCUGCAUGAGCUUGUCGUAAUGGCGAAAGAUCAUGGCGAACAACCCUUAGAGACAACCGCCUUCGUAUCCAUACGCGUAACGGACGUCAAUGACAAUCUACCCACGAUCAAUGUCAUCUUUCUCAGUGAUGAUGCAACGCCCAAGAUCUCCGAGUCGGCGAAACCAGGCGAGAUCGUCGCACGCAUAUCCGUGAAUGAUCCCGACUCUAAAGCGGAAUACUCCAAUGUUAAUGUAACACUUAAUGGCGGCGAUGGUCAUUUUGGUUUGAAUACACGCGAUAACAUCAUAUAUUUGGUAAUUGUCUCACAGCCGCUCGAUCGUGAGUCGCAGUCAAAUUACACGCUCAGCGUUGUGGCUACAGAUAAUGGCACACCACCGUUGCAUGCUUCAAAAACCAUAUAUCUACGUGUAACAGACAUCAAUGACAAUGCGCCCGAGUUUGAGCAUGAAGUGUACCACGCGAAUGUGAUGGAAGUCGCCGAUCCGGGCACUUCCGUGCUCCAAGUCACCGCAUACGAUCUUGAUGAAGGCAAUAAUUCGGCGGUGAUUUACGCCCUUGCCGAUACACCCGAGACACAUGCCGAGUGGUUUCAAAUCGAUCCGCAUACCGGCUUGAUAACGACGCGCGCGCAUAUCGAUUGCGAAACUGAGCCAGUGCCGCAGCUCACGGUCAUUGCCAAGGAUAACGGACAUCCGCCGCUCUCAUCGACCGCUACUGUGCUGGUGACCAUACACGAUGUCAACGAUAACGAACCGAUAUUCGAUCAGAGUUUCUAUAAUGUGUCGGUGGCUGAGAAUGAAGCGGUUGGACGGUGUAUUUUAAAGGUGUCAGCCAGCGACCCAGAUUGUGGUGUUAAUGCAAUGGUCAAUUAUACGCUGGGCGAUGGCAUUAAACAGCUCGCCGAAUUCGAGGUACGCUCUGCCACUGGUGAGAUAUGCAUUGCCAGCGAAUUGGAUUAUGAGAAGCGUAAUUCGUAUGAAUUUCCAGUGAUAGCAACAGAUCGAGGUGGACUCAGCACCAUAGCGCGUAUAAAAAUCCAACUCACCGAUGUCAAUGAUAAUCGACCCGUUUUCUAUCCACGCGAAUACAACGUAUCGUUGAGGGAAACGGCUAGUGCCAGCGCCUCAACCACGCCCAUUGUCGCUGUGGUUGCCACCGAUGCGGAUGCGGGUCGUUUCGGCGCUGUGACCUAUCGCAUUGUGAGCGGUAAUGAAGCGGGCAUUUUUCGUAUUGAUCGUUCGAAUGGCGAGAUUUUCAUCAAUCGGCCGAAUAUGUUGUCGGUGCGCACCCAACCGAUGCAUGUGUUGAAUAUAAGCGCCAGUGACGGCGGCGGCUUGCGUAGUUCGGCGGAUGCAAUGGUAUUUUUGAGCAUCAUUGACGCCACACAGCGACCGCCAAUCUUUGAGAAGCCGCGUUACAGUUACCAUGUGAAGGAGGAUGUGCCGGGUGGCACAGUAGUCGGCUCGGUCAUGGCCACCAGCAGUGAUGCGGCCAAUCGUAAUGGUGUUCGAUAUUCCAUUUACUCCGGCGAUCCCGAGGGAUAUUUCAACAUUGACGCUGUAACGGGAAAUAUACGCAUUGUAAAUCCGUUGGAUCAUGAAACGAAACCACAAAUUUUACUUAACAUACAAGCAAUGAGUGGCGACCCACCAGCUUAUGGGCAUACUCAGGUCAACAUCGACAUCGAGGACGUCAACGAUAAUGCGCCCGAAUUCGAAACGAACUUGGUACGCAUAUCCGUGCCCGAGAAUGUCGAUCUCGACACACCACUCUACGCCGCGCAUGCGCACGACAAAGACUCCGGCAAGAGCGGCGAGAUCACCUACACCCUACACAUGAUUUCCACCGAGCAUUACGAAACUGUUGAGCAACAACAACAACAACAACAACAAAAAUAUCUUAGCAAUCUAACUACUACCCAGCAAUCCGCCCGCCCAACAUUAAACGCUUUCGCUGCUGGCUCACCAAAUGGCGCUUUAGCCAUACGCAGCCGUUUGGCAUCCGCCGGUAAUACAGCUUAUGCCGCUGGUAUUACCUCACUCUCCAAUUCUGCCAAUGCUAUGGCAGCAGCAGCAUCUACGUUGGGUAUAUCAUCGUCUGCCGUGAACCGUAUGACCGGUGUUGUUGUUGCUACUGCUGCUGGUGCUGCUGCUGGGGCUGGCGAACAAAAUCUUUUCGCAAUCGAUGCACGCUCGGGCCACCUAACACUGUCACGACACCUCGACUAUGAAAUGGCACAGCGGCAUGCGCUGAUAGUGACGGCGACGGACGGUGGUGAGCCGCCCUUAUCGUCCAACCUCACCAUACUGGUGGAAGUGCAGGAUGUCAACGAUAAUCCACCGAUGUUCGAACGCAACGAAUACUCAGUGAAGGUGUUGGAAUCGUUGCCGAUUAAUUCACAGAUCCUGCAAGUGACAGCAAUCGAUCUCGACACCGGCAACAAUGCGCGCAUCACCUAUCGCCUGGUGAGCAGCUAUAGCAACGGUCACAGCGUCAACAGCACAUUAUCCAAACUAUCUACACCAACACUGCUACACCCGAGUGGUGGCGCUACCAAGCAAACACUUUCCGCCGCCGACGCUGAGCUGGCACAACUAUUCGGUAUUUUCCCCAACAGCGGUUGGUUGUACUUGCGCGGCACAUUGGAUCGCGAGUCGCGCGAUCGCUAUGAGCUCACCAUUAUGGCCAGCGAUAAUGGCACACCGGCUGCACAUGCACGUGCACGUGUCGUCAUUGAGGUGUUGGACGCCAACGACAAUGACCCGCGCUUCCUUAGUGCCGUCUAUGAGUUCGUUAUUGAAGAGAAUAUGCGUCGUGGUGCAUUGGUCGGUGUGGUGGGCGCCACCGAUUUGGAUGUGGGUGAGAAUGCGGAGAUACGGUAUAGCUUGAUACCGACCAAUUCGAGCUUUCAAGUGAAUUCAAUUACAGGCGAGAUCACCACCCGCGAACCGCUCGAUCGCGAAUUGCGCGCCGUUUACGAUCUUGUUGCUGAGGCACGCGAUCAAGGCACCCCCUACCGUAGUGCGCGCGUACCCGUCAAAGUACACAUCACCGAUGUCAACGACAAUGCGCCGGACAUUGUUGAUCCGCAAGAGGAUGUGGUCAGCGUACGCGAAGAGCAACCGCCCGGCACUGAGGUGGUGCGCAUUCGUGCCGUCGAUCGUGAUAACGGCCAGAAUGCAUCGAUCACCUAUUCGAUAUUGAAAGGUCGUGAUUCGGACGGUUACGGCCUGUUCAGUAUUGAUGCGGUAACGGGUGUAAUUCGCACACGAGUCGUGCUGGAUCAUGAGGAUCGUAGUAUUUAUCGUUUGGCAGUAGCAGCAACAGACGGUGGCAAUCCACCAAAGCAGUCGAUACGUUUGUUGCGCGUUGAGGUGUUGGAUUUGAAUGACAAUCGACCGACGUUCACCAGUUCGAGUUUGGCAUUUCGGGUGCCCGAAGAUGCACCAGUCGGCUUUGUGGUGGGCUCUGUGAGUCCCAAUGAACGCAUCGAUCAACAAAAUAUGAUUGACAACAACAGCGAUCUCUUUGUUACCUACACGCUCACCUCAUUGGUGAAGGACGUGAUUGAAGGCGCCUUCGAUAUUGACCGACAUACGGGCUCACUAGUGGUAGCACGUCAACUGGAUCGCGAGACGCAAGCCGAGUUCCGCCUAGAAAUACGCGCGCUAGACACCAGCACCAGUAAUAAUCCGCAAAGCAGCGCCAUAACGGUAAAGGUGGAGAUCGAUGACGUCAAUGAUAAUCCACCGAGAUGGCUGAACGAUCCGAUUGAGUUGAAAAUUAGCGAAGCCACCGAUGUAGGCGCCAUUAUUUACAAUUUUACCGCCACAGAUGCCGACGCGGGUAGCAAUAGCUAUUUGCAGUAUAAGCUACUCAGUUAUACGCCAAUGAUGAUGAGUGGCGCUACCACAUCGAGUGGUGACAACUCAGCUGAGCGUGAAACAUCAGCCGAGCGCAAAGAUAAGGAGCCAAUUUUCAAUGUCGAUGCAUUAACUGGCGCUUUGACAUUACUCACUCCACUCGACUAUGAGACGACACCGCAAUACACACUCAUCGUGGAGGCCAUGGACCAAUCAUCGAAUGUAAGCACGCGUCUACGCACCAAAGUCACUGCUGUUUUGAAGGUGACCGAUGUCAAUGAUAAUGCACCACAAUUUGUAUCGCCUGCCGCUAGCAGUACACAAACGGAUCAACGUUUUCAUACGCCACCCGUUGCCAGCGUACGGGUGAGUGAUGCACUACGCAUUGGCGAAACGGUUGCACAUAUUGUUGCCAUCGAUAGAGAUGCGGGCGCAAAUGGUGAGAUCACCUAUGCCAUUGUCAGUGGUAAUGAUGCUGGUCAUUUUCGUAUCAACGCUCAGUCCGGCUACAUUGAGCUGGCUAAGCAACUGCAGCCGAUGGCAACGAGUGGCAGUGGUGAGUUGGCUACUGAUAUGAGUAAUCAGCAAAGAAAUCGAUACAACUUGGUGGUCAGUGCAAGUGAUCACGGCACGCCGACAGCCCGACAGUCGCAGUUGAAGUUACAAAUUCUGGUUCACGGCACCAAUAGUAAUCCACCACGCUUCCAUCAGUCGGUGUACUAUGCGAACAUUUCGGAAAGUGCGGUCUCAGGCACUUUUGUAUUGCAAGUAGCGGCGAAGUCCUUCAAUGGCGGCGAAAAUGGCAAUCUCAGCUACGAGAUACCAGCAGGUGUCGCCGAUAAUCGUUUUUACGUUGAUCGGCAGCGCGGAAUUGUCACCACACGCGGACAAUUUGAUCGUGAAACAAAAGCGCGCUACACGAUACCAAUCUACGUAUAUGACACCAAUAAUCUUGCCGCCGCCACCGUCGCCGCUACAAAUACUGCUGCUGCUGCUGCUGCUGCCACUUCUACGGCGGCAAGUGCAGCGACCACAACGAUCGCAACGACAACAAGCGGUAAUGGCUCAACACAACCACCAUUGCCAACAUCAGCGGUGGCAUCAAGUGGACAAUUUGAUAUUGCGACAAUAAUCAUCACAAUCAGCGACGUUAAUGAUCAUGCACCUGAAUUUCGUCCAGGCUCUUGCUAUGCACUCUCCGUGCCGGAAAACAACGAAUUCGCCGUCAUCCAUACGGUGGUGGCAACCGAUCUCGAUGAGGGCGCGAAUGGGGAGAUCUUUUACAAUAUUAUUGGUGGCAACAUAGGCAACCGAUUCAGCAUCGAUAUGCAUACGGGCGAAUUGGCAGCACGCUGUCUCGAUCGUGAACAGCAAUCUCGUUAUGUGUUACAAAUCCAGGCACAAGAUCGCGCCUCCUCCUCCCCUUACCAGGGCCAUUGCAAUAUCACGGUUAUUGUCGAGGAUAAUAAUGACAAUGAUCCGCAGUUUGAACAAACAAAAUACGUGGCGAAUAUAGCUGAGAAUGUGGCGAUCGGCGCAAGUGUUUUGCGCAUAAAAGCGACAGAUGCUGAUUUGGGUAUCAAUGCGCGUUUACUUUAUUCACUGGCUAAUGAGACACAAUGGCUGUUUGCGAUUGACAGCAAGACGGGCAUCAUCACAACAGUGGGCCCUCUUGAUCGUGAGCGCCAAAGUGUUUACAACUUUCUGGUCGUCGCCACAGAUGGCGGUCGCUACAGUGCGCGUUCGGCAGAGGUCCCCGUACAAAUUAUCGUCGAUGAUGUGAAUGACAAUCGUCCAGUAUUCGAACGUUACCCCUUCCGCGCUCAAGUGCCCGCACUCAUACAACCCGGGCAAAUGUUGUUGCAAGUUAGCGCCACCGAUAUUGAUGCUGGUCUUAACGGUGAAAUACUCUACUCACUGGGCAACAAUGCCGAUGCCGCGACACGCAAUAAAUUCCGCAUAAAUCCCAACACUGGCGUAGUGAGUGCCACACAGAGUCUGGCCAGCGAAUCGGGUCGCCUGCUGCAUAUCGAAGUGGUGGCACGCGACAAAGGCAACCCAGCGGCCACUGCACUCGGUCUUAUAGAGUUGCGCGUAGGUGAUGUUGCAGCUGGUGCGCCAGUGCUGCGUUUUCAAAACGACACCUACCGCUUGAGAUUGCGUGAAAAUACGUCGACAGGUACGAGCGUGCUGCAUGUGUCAGCGGUACGUAGCGAUGGAAGACGGCAACAGAUUUACUAUACCAUCGGUGCUGGUAAUGAGGACGGCGCAUUCAUCAUAGACGCCACCACCGGCGAGAUAAAAGUCGGCAAUGUAGCGUAUCUGGAUUACGAGCGAUAUUUCGGUACAACCGCCGAUGCAACCAUGACAGCAGGUGGUGCAUAUCGUGGACGUGCUAUGUACUAUGAAGAUGUCGCUGAGGAGUUUGCCUUGGAGAAUGUAACCGUCAGUAGCACGGCCACAGAGCAACAAAUACCAGAAAAUCUACAGUCGCGCCGCAAUCAACGUGAACUACAAACAACCAACGGCAAUGAAAAUAUGCAAUAUUCCGCCACCACAAUGCAGCCCCAUGAGCUGCGUCUAGUUCUCGUCGCACGCACUGAUGCCACACCUCACCUUUAUGCCUACGCGGAGUUAAUCAUCGAGCUGGAAGAUGAGAACGACAACAGUCCACACUUUACGCAAUCGCAAUACGCGACCACAGUGUGGGAGGGCAACAACAAGGGUACGUUUGUGGUGCAGGUGCAGGCUUUCGAUGCGGAUGCGGGCGCAAAUGCGCGCAUUCUCUAUCACAUCGUCGAUGGCAAUCACGAUAAUGCGUUCGUCAUUGAGCCCGCCUUUAGUGGCAUUGUAAAGACGAAUAUCGUGUUGGAUCGCGAAAUCCGUGACAUGUACAAGUUGAAGGUGAUCGCCACGGACGAGGGGGUACCACAAAUGACGGGCACGGCAACGAUACGUGUACAUAUUGUGGAUGUCAACGACAAUCAACCGACUUUUCCGCCGCACAGUGUGAUUAGAGUGAGCGAAGGCACAGAGCUGGGUACAGUCAUCACCACUGUUUCGGCCAAUGACGUGGAUACACAUCCGCCACUGACCUACCGUUUCGGCAACGAACUCCCGGACACUCAACAACUCAUGCAGAAACCGCUCUUUGCACUCGAUCGCUACAGCGGCAAGGUCACACUCAAGCGGCAACUGGACUAUGAGGAUCAGCAGGAGCACCAGCUGGAAAUCAUUGCCUCCGAUACGGCACACGAGGUGCGCACUACGCUAACGGUACGUGUAACGGACGAAAAUGACAACGUGCCCAUUUUCGAUGCACAACUUCCGCCCGCUUAUGCCGCCACGCUGCCCGAUCAACAAGUGAUUAGUUCGAGCGCCGCUGCCUCCACGGAUAUAGAGUUGGUCACGGUCAAUGCCACAGACGCCGAUGCUGAAGGUCGCAACUCGGAGAUACAUUACAGCAUAGAUCCGCCAUUGCGCGGGUUUAGCAUCAACGAGCAGUCCGGUGCAGUGUCCGUGAAUAUGACACGCCUUGGCGGAGUUGCCGACGAUCUUUACGUAAUGAUAACCGCGCAAGAUGGCGGUGUCAUGCCGCUGAAAAGUUCGACUGUUUUACGUGUGCGUGCCAGCAAAGGCAAUAGCGGGCGCGUACAAUUUUUACAAACGCAAUAUCGCGCUCAAAUCAAUGAAGCCGCGCCACUCGGCACCGUUGUACUGCGUCUCAGUCAGGAUGUGCUGAAUGCACAGGCAGAACGCGCUGCUGGCACGUUGCUGUUCAAAAUAAUUUCAGGUAAUGAGGACGGUGCCUUCGAAGUGUAUCAAUCGCGCGCUAUAAUAUUGGUGAAGCCCUUGGAUCGUGAGCGCACAGACAUCUACAAGCUGCGCUUGGUAGUGGGCGAAGCGCAUGCCUCGUCGCAGCAGCUAUUGGCACAGGCAGCCGACAAUUCGAGUACCGCAAUCAAUGUAUUUGUCACCGUGGAGGAUGCAAAUGACAAUGUACCGUUGUUCUCUAGUGAUGGCAAGUACGAAGCUGAGGUAAGUGAGCUUGCGCCGCUGCGCCAUGCCAUUGCCAAACUCGUCGCAACCGAUGCUGACCUAGAGAAUACGCCCAACUCGGAGGUGGUGUACGAUAUAACGUCGGGUAAUGACGAAGGUAUGUUCACCAUCGACCUCGUGUCCGGUGUGUUGUUCGUGAACAACAAAUUAGACUUUGACACUGGCGAAAUGUGCUACGCGUUGGUGAUACGCGCCUGUGACAGUGCGACGGAGCCGCUAUGCAGCUUGCAACCAUUCCGUUUGACUUUGCGCGAUGAAAAUGAUAACGUGCCCGGUUUUCCUGUCGACGAGUAUGUCGAGUUUGUGGGUGAGAAUGAGCCAGUUGGCACUAGCGUGUUUACAGCGCGUGCAACCGAUUUGGAUCGCGGUGCUUACGGUCGUCUCAACUACACUGUCGAUCAUGAGGCUGUAGUGGGCUUAGAUGAUGUAUCCUGGAAGCUGUUUCGCAUCGACCCGCAUACCGGUAUUGUCACCUCGAAUGCUGUGUUCGACUAUGAGCAGCGGCAUCGUUACGACUUUGUGUUGCGCGCCACCGACAGUGGUGGCAAGUCAGCGCGGGUUAAAGUUCGCAUUGAAAUUGAAUCGAAAGACGAGUUCGCGCCACAAUUCACGGAGCGCACCUAUCGCUUUGUGAUGCCAUCGCCGUCAACGGGCUACCUGCCGCUGGGCUAUGUUGUGGGCCAAGUGACGGCAACGGAUCGCGAUAACGGCCCAGAUGGACGUAUUGUUUACCAAUUAAGUUCUCAGCAUGCCUACUUUAAGGUGAACCGCACGACUGGCGCGGUAGUGAUCAAAAAGAAAGUCGACGACAAUUUCGAUGACGGACGUGAUAUCAGCUUAGUGAUUGCAGCGAGCUCUGGCAGGCAAGGUUCGCUAACCAACAUGACAGUUGUAGAGAUUUCGCUGGAUCCACUAGCCAGCUUGGGAACGAACUUGGCGAGUAGUGGCGGCGCAUCUAGCGGUGGUAGCGGCGUUGCUGAUUGGUUAGUGGGCCUGAUUGUCGCAGUGCUGUUGGUACUAUGCGCAGUUGCUGGAAUUUUUCUGUUCGUGCGAAUGCGCAGCCGAAAACCUCGUAAUGUUACAAAACCACACUUAAGUACAGAGACGGUUGGUGCUUCGAAUAGUUACGUCGAUCCGAGUGCCUUCGACACGAUACCCAUAAGAGGUGGCGUAAGUGCUGCAAUGGCCGGUAGUAGUAGUAGCGGUGGCGUAACGGCAUCUGCCGCUGGACAAUUCGCGCCACCCAAAUAUGAUGAAAUACCGCCUUACGGUGCGCACGCGGCAAGCUCCAAUUCUGGCGCAGCGACAACAUCUGAACUCUCCGGCUCCGAGCAAUCUGGGUCUAGCGGCCGCGGCUCAGCAGAGGACGAUGGCGAAGACGAAGAAAUACGCAUGAUCAACGAAGGACCUUUGCAUCAUCGGAAUGGCGCUGGCGGCGUGAAUGGUGAAGACGGACGUAUUUCUGACAUCUCCGUGCAGAAUACCCAGGAAUACCUGGCACGCUUGGGCAUUGUGGAUCGUGAAGCGAAUGCUACAGUGGCAACAUCAAAUUCCUCGCAUCGCUGUUCGGAGGGCAUGGUUGGCUCUCAAAAGGACACACACCUCCAUCAUCCGCUACAAAUGCACAUGUACGACGAGGAUCCCGCCGCACAAACAGACAUUACCAACCUUAUCUAUGCCAAAUUAAACGACGUUGCUGGUGCUUCUUCCGAUCGGGCCAGCAGCACAGACGAAGCAGCCACAACGGCUGGUGGUGCAGGUGUAACAGUCGACCGUGUGAUAAACUUCACUAAUGUGCCUGUCGGUCAUGUGCCGAACGUCGGGCAUCCAGCCAAUGUGGGACCACCCAUGAACGGUUCACUAAGCUCCAUUGUGCACAGCGAAGAAGAGCUCACUGGCAGCUACAACUGGGACUACCUCCUCGACUGGGGUCCACAGUACCAGCCACUGGCGCAUGUGUUCUCCGAAAUCGCACGUCUCAAAGACGACAAUAUGUCUGUGCAUAGUGGUAAUAGUGGCGCCUCGUCGAGCGCUAAGAGUAAACAGUCGCAAGCGCAUUCCAUCGGUACCGUAAAAACGCAUAUACCGCCACCACUGUUGACGAACGUUGCGCCACGCGCAAUCAAUAUGGCAGUAUUAUCCGGCGCUGGCGUGGGCGUACGUCUGCCGCAAAACGCUCAACAUCAUAUUGCCACAACAGCCCUAGGUGGUGGGCCGACCACAGGCGGUCAAGUGAAUGCCAGCGGUCAGUACAUGGCACCACGUUCACCCAUCAGUCAUGAUACGCCAGGUGGUUUCAGCACAUCGACUGCAAUGUCGCCAUCCUUCUCGCCUUCGCUCUCACCGCUCGCAACACGAUCUCCCUCGAUAUCACCGCUCGGUGGUGUGACGACUGGACAUCAUCUAGUAUCGCUGCCACGGCAUGCGCCACAGCCAACACAGCGGGGGAAAAAUGCUAUGCUCGUGGAGCAGGAAAUGCGUGGUGUGCGAAUGUGAUGAAAGAGAGUGCAGCAAGACCGUUGAACGCUUAAAGAGAGGGCGAGGUAGAAAGAGAAAGAGAGAGAAAAAUAGAGAUAAAGAAAAAGAGGAGAUUUUGACAACCAACAAAGUGAUCAUUAGUUUUGUAGGCUGGUCUAUCAUAGAUACAAUAUUUUUGUAAGUGUAUUUAUGAAAGUGUAAGUGUAUGUAGUAUAACAUAUAUCAACAUAUGUACGUGUAUGUAGGCAUAGUGCCAAUACCGUUUCCGUUUUAAAGGAACAAAAAAGAAUUAGAAACAGCGACAGCGAGCAAUGAAGAGAAAAUUAGGUAAACAAAGAGUACUUUGGAGUUUGGUGGGUAACGGUAUAUACCAAAAUAGUAUAUAUAUAUUUAUAUUGUUGUUGCAUUGGGCAGAUAUUCAAAAUUAUGCCGCACUCACCACUCUCGGCUGUGGCAUUAAGCAUUUUAGCCUUAACUAAAGCGUAAUUUUAAUUAUAUUUAAACAAUUUGUACAGUUAAUAUUAUAGGAGUAUAGUUAGUUACUGUUACAAUUCGAAUUGUAAGAUGUGUGCACGUGUGCUUACAAAAUUGCCGUUAGUUUUUAAGUUCACACUCACCCAUUCAUCGCCACAUAUGCAUAGACGUACAUAUAUUCCCACCACAAAUACCACAACAACAGAAAAUUCGACACGCAUUUUUUAAAAAACAGAUUAUUUUAAUACGGAAAAAAUACUCAUACAAACACAUCCCUUACCAAGAAGAACCCAAAAUAUUCACCAUUUAUACACAAAUACUCACCACUAUAUUAAAAGUUGUGGAACUUUUUAAGUUUUAUGCCUAAUAAGUGAGAAGAUCAACAGUUCGGACGAAAAACAAAUUUUUAAAUUAAUCACAAAUUGAAAUUCAAACUCUCCGAAAUAUAAUUUUACGAAAAUGGUUCGUUGUUAUCGAAAAUUGCUCUCUGUUCGAUACACAAGUUACUCGGGCAAUACAGUUAUUCGCGAUUGCUCGUAGCAGAGAGAGAGAGAGUGAUAGAGCUCAACGACCACAAAUGAAGGAAGUUUUUAGGAUGGGAUGUCUCGAGAAUAUUGCUCCUUGUUGCCGUUGGUGCCGUCAACCUUGAUGUCGUUGUCACGUCAACGCUAAAUUGCUAUUGCUUAAAGUAUUACAACGACGACGACAGUUUAACGUUGAAGUAAAUGUCAUUUGACAAUUUCGGUUUAUGUAUAAAAUUUGGCAAAUGUCUUUUUCUUUUGCCAACACCUUUGGUUGGUGACAUUUGCAGGAGCUGUGGCUUGCUCCACUUCAUUGCAAUGCAACUCUGGUAGACACAGCUGGAUGCGUGCGGUACACAUUACCGACUUAUUCUGCGAGUCGUUCUAAAAAUUUCGUUUUCGGAAUAUUUAUCUUCUGCAGUUACCUUGCAAAGCACCUUCUGGAUUUGGAUGUCUGAUAAUUGUGGCAAGUUCGCUACACCUUCUUUCAGUGGACACAGUUUUAUUGGCUGUACCGUCUAAGUUUGGACGCGAACAAAUCAAAACAUCUUAUCCCUUUAGAUCGCUUCUCUUUUAUAAUAACAGGUCUUUUUUUAAUGGGACUGUAAAUAAUACAUAGAAUCGGCUACCACUUUAAUUACUUUUGCUGUAGCUGUAGGAAUGAAGAACAGAAGGAGUCUAUUCAACGCCGCCUCUGUCAGUGUUCAGUCUUGACACCUGCGCGACACAAGUUCAUAGGGAAAUCUCGUUGCUUUUAUAAGGCACAUGAAAUUGAUUGAACAUUUGAGAAGGUGAAGACCAGCAGCCGUAUCAAGUAAACUCUAUUCAUUCCAUUCCCAUUCACUCAAGUUCGUUUUACCCUUGAAUCAAGAUUAGUCUGGUGUUAAAUAUUUACGCUUUGAGCCAAUAAGAUUCUCGGAAAUUUCAAAUCCAGCUUUUCAUUUAUUAGAAAAAACAGUAAACCAGAAAAUUUGCCACAAUGAGGGUCCAUAGAGGAAUAGAGUGUUUCCAGGCAUUUAUUAAAAACACUCACUGAGCUGCGGUUAUUUUUUAAUCUCUCUUGCUCUCCUACAGUUGUAUAAAACAAAUUAAUGCUUCGCGCUCUAUUCCAAAAAUUUGCCUUUCAUGAUUGUCUACUGUAAAGUAUUUCCCUUAAUUUUAUAGAUGAGAAAACAUUUCAUUUUGGGCAUAGACUGAUUUAAAGUUUUAUAAUAUAAUAUUAUUACUUCCGUCUUCUGGGCGAUUUAUGUGACGUUUCUAAGAACGCCCAUUGCCCACUACAGUAAUCGUGGUGCGUAACUUAUCUAUGCUUACCAGAAGGAUAAUUAUUGUAUAUUUUGAUCAACAUCGGCUGACUGCACAAUUUUCUUUCUCUUUAAAGUUUAAUAAACAAAACAAAAUUGAGAAAAAAAAUUAUGUAUUGUAGGUGCUUGCAGAAGGUCUAACCUUAAAACACACUCUGAAUUCUCUCUUAAUAUAAGCACACUCUCUUCAGUGCCUUCAAGAAGAGCGUUAUAUUUACUCUUUGGAUAACCAUUCAAUUCUUGCCUUAAUCUUAGUAACUCAAAUCUCAAAUUUAAUAAAAUUAUGUGAACUCUCUUUUCCAAGGUGUUUUGAACAAACCCCUGCUGAGUUUUUCGUUGCUAAAAUUUAGCGUUAUCUUGCCUUUAUGAAGACAACAUUUUUGCAUUUUCAAUAUUAGCAUGCUUUUGGCACAGUACUGCUUAAAAGACAUCAUACUACACUGGAAAAAAAAGAAUUACACAAAAUGUCACAUAGAAACUUAUAUAUGUAAAUAAAAUUAUGAAAUAAAGACUACAAAGCCAACAAAGACUCUUUAUAGAAAUUAGAUUGCCUUAGUUGAAGUAGUGUUCGCACAAAACUACAGAAAAGAAAUAUAAAAAAAUAAAAAUAAAAUAAAAACAACACAC